GUUGUCUGUAUGGGUCUGAAUAAUACCAGUACUAAAUACCAGAUCCAGUUUUUGAUCGAUGAAUAUGAACAGGUACGAAUACCGAUCGAUUAAGUUUAAAUAAUGCUUAUUGUGCUUAUUGAAUAGAUUGAUUUAGCAAAAUGAUAAACCGGCUGAUUUCUUGUAUAGGUAAAUAGUAAACUUCAGAUAGAAUUGUUUUGUGCUUUUUACAUAGAUAAUGUUAGGCAGUGUGGAUAAUUAUUCCUGUUACAAACUUUCAUUUUCUGUUAUUAAAUAUGUGCAUUGCUGAGUGGACAAAAGCAUAAUAAAAUUUAAUAUCAUGGCUUGGGAUCUGCCAGAGGAAUGCGAUGAUUUCAUGAAUUGGCAAGACCUUGACGACACUAAUAACGAACUGCAGGACGAAUUUAAAGCUUUUGUAGAUGAACAAACUGUUAACUACUGUUAUCAUAAAUUGAAAGACAGGUACGAAUCUUUCAGGCAUAAGCAGCGUUAUAACGACAUUCAUGAUAAAUUACAUGAAGAUUACGAAGUCUUCAAUGAUAAGCCAAAAAAAUACGACUACAACUAUCAGUUGCGAGAGGAACUGGAGGCUUUCAUAGAUGGGCAAAAUGAUUCCGACUGGGUUGAUGAAUUGCAAAUGGAGGAAUAUGAAGUUUUCUGGGAUGAGCAAGAUGAUUAUGAAGGUUAUGGUAAUUCACAGGAUGAAUGGCAAGAUGAUUGCGACCUUUAUGAUGAAUUGCAAGACGGGUACGAAUCAUCUAACGAUGAAGAGUAUUGUUGGAAUGGUUGGUCUGAUUUGCAUGGUUGGUGUUAGGUAUUUUAUGAUGGUGGUUACGAAGCAAGAUGAGCAAGGAACCGUGACCAUUAUGAAAAAUUUCAGGACCCUUUAGACGCUUAAAACGACAGUCUUAAUAAAUAAUUAAGACCUGUAAGAAAAUUACAAUCACUACGGCAAUAGAGAUUGCGAUUUUGACUUUUAUGAAUUUAAGUAAGGAAAUAUAGGUGUAAAGAAUCGAGGAAACUUUUUUAACAAGCUUUGAGAAAAAUAAAGUAUGAAUGGAAAAAGAUUACGAAAAAAAAACGAAUAAGUAAUCUCCUUCUUGAAACGUAUAAAAGAUUUUUAUCCGUGUUAUUGCUAUAAUUUUGGAAACACUUAUUGUAGUUUUAUCAGUUUAACAUAGCGCCAAAUCCUGCUCACAUUUAUUUCAAACGACUGUAAUUUACGGUAAGACGCAUAAAAUUGUCACCACGUUCGAGAUACAACGAGCUAAUACGACAUUCAACAUUCGCAAAGAUUCAGUGUCGAGCUGAUACGACAUUCAACAUUCGCAAAGAUUCAGUGUCGAGCUGAUACGACAUUCAACAUUCGCAAAGAUUCAAUGUCAGGCUGGCACGAUAUCCGACAUUCCACAUGCACCAGAUUCGGAUUUUCAGCAGACACUAAUUUCGACAACAUCUUGUGUCGAUCUUGCAUGACAUUCACCAAAACCGAGUUUAUUAAAACAAUUACAUAUGUAUAUAUUUCUAAUUUUUACACCCUCUUUUAUUUGUCUGAAUAGGCCUAUUGCAUUUGAUUGUGUAUUAAUUCAGCUGGUGAUCGUGUAGUUCGUAGGGGGAAACCAUCUCAUUUAGUUGAUAUAUUCAAUGCUGUAUUGAAUUCUGGACAUUUUCCUUUUGGAGUGGUCCAGGGGUAUAAUUGUGCCUGUAUUUAAAAAGAACGAUCCUUGCAAUGUUCAGAAUUACAGAGGCGUAACGCUUGUAAGUUGUUUAUCAAACAUAUUCACUGGAAUUUUAAAUAAGCGUGUUAGCCACUGGGUAGAAAAUAAUGAUAUUUUGAGCGAUGCGCAGUUUGGAUUUCGCAAGGGUCGUUCCACUGUUGAUGCUGCGUUUGUGUUAAAUGCUAAUAUACAGAAGAUUUUAAACGAAAAAAAAUCGUUAGUAUUGUUGUAUGGUAGAUAUGAAAAGGGCACUUGACUCUGUUUAUUUAAAUGGUCUUUGGCUAAAGUUGUUUAAAUUAGGCAUUGAUGGAAAAUUACUAAGAAUUGUUAGAGAUAUGUAUUCACAAGUAAAGGUUUGUGUUAAAUGUUGUAGUUCCUAUUCUGAGUAUUUUGAAUGUGCUGUAGGAUUAAAACAAGGGGAGGUAAUGACUCACUCCUCCUUUGCUGUUUUCAUUAUUUGUUGAUGAUCUUGAACGGUUUUUACAACAACAGCCCGACAGUGGCUUAAGUUUAGAUGAUAUCACAUUUAUACUUAUGUUGUUUGCAGAUGACAUGGUCAUUUUAGGAGAUACUUUGGUCGAUUUGCAAAAUAGUCUAGAUCUUUUAAGUACAUACUGUAACAAAUGGGGACUUGAAGUAAAUACUCUAAAGACAAAGAUUAUGUUUUUUAGAAAGAGGGGUCCAGUUAAAAGUAAUGAAAAGUGGCAUUACAAUAAUCAGGAACUGGAUAUUGUUGAUAAUUUUAAUUAUCUUGGGAUAGUUUUCAAUUAUACAGGUACUUUUGUGUUAAAUCAAGAAACCUUGGGUGAUAAAGGGCUCAAAGCUUUAAAUGUUUUAAUGAAUAAUAUUAAAGGUUUAAGUUUAAAACCCAGUGUUAAAUGUCAGUUAUUUGAUGCUUUUGUUGGUUCUACUCUUAAUUAUGGUUGUGCAAUAUGGGGGUUUGGAAAAUCGAAAGAAAUUGAACGUAUUCACCUUAUGUUCUGCAAAUCUUUACUGAAUGUCAAAACAUCGUCAAGCAAUAUAGGUGUAUAUGGAAAACUAGGGCGUUAUCCGUUAUAUAUAAAUAGAUAUUUACAAAUAAUAAAGUACUGGGGUAAAAUUGUUUCAUCUUCAAAUAUUUUAUUAGUCAAAUUGUAUGAAUAUUUUCUUGUUAGUAAAAAUAAUAGAAAUAAUUGGGCUUAUCAGGUGAAAUGUCUUUUAGACAAUUUUGGCUUUUCCUAUGUAUGGAAUAAUCCAACGUUGGUAGACUUAGAUAAGUUCCACCUAGCCUUUAAAGAACGUGUAUUAGAUACUUUUAAGCAGAAUUGGUGCCAACGUAUGAACGAUUGUGGAACAUUAGAUAUGUACAAAAAUUUUAAAACUAGUUUUUUAUUUGAAAAAUAUUUAGAUUUAUUACCGUUUAAAUACAGGAGUGCUUUAGCUAGGUUAAGACUAUCCUCGCAUAAAUUAGCAAUUGAAACAGGCCAUUACUCUAGAAAUAGAACAGAUAGAAAUCUGCGUUACUGCAUAUUUUGUCAACAGAGAUAUAGAAGACGAAUACCAUUUUAUAAUAGUGUGCCCAUUGUAUGAGAAUAUAAGAAAACAUAUUUAAAAUCAUAUUAUUACAGAAGGCCAAAUGUAAUGAAAUUUAUUGAACUUCUCAAUAGUGAUAAACAAGUUGUUAUUAAAAAUUUGUCUUAAUUCAUUUAUCAUGCAUUUAUACUGAGAACAUCUUUAUUGUAAAUAGUGGUAAACUUUUAGCUCUACGUAUCCAGUUGAUACUUCCAUGUAUAGUUGUUAAAUGUUUAAGACUCAUCCUCCAUAACAAUCUAUAUUACAUGUAAAUUCAAUUAUUUCAUUCAAAAAUGCUUACGCUUUUUGUCAUUUGUAUAAAAUCACAUGACAAUAUUUUGAUGUAUGUGUAUAUAUUGUAUUUAUGACAAAAAACUGUACAGUUUACGUCAAUAAAAUAUUCUGUCUGUUCUGUCCUAUUAAUUUAGUUUUAUUUCAUACUUACUAAAUCAAUCAUUCUUAAUUAUUCAGCCGGUCAUUUGUUUGCGCAUUAAAUUGUCAGUAUGAUAUAUUUAUUCAUGUUAAAACUGUGAAUUACUUUUUUUGCGAAUUUACUCUGAUAUGUCCUGUUUUUAUAAAUGUUGAAUCAGUGACGUUUAGAAAAGGGAAUCCGAAAAUGAUUUUGCAUAUUUGCGGACGAUGAAACUUUGCGAAUAUAGCAAAAGUAAAUGUCUUACAGUAGUCAUUAUUACCAGUCAGUCAGUCAGUCAGU